UCUCCGUUCGUAAACAUCCCGAUUUUCGCGGCGUCGCGAUGAUAAAAUAGUGAUUUUCGGCUGCACAGAAAACACGGCACCCAUCGCAGCAUCAUCAUGAAGAAGGAGGGAGAAGAGGUCCCGGCGCGGACGUUCAAAUUAGCGCACCAAAUCCUCAGCCUGACCGGGAUCAACUUUGAGCAGAAGAGCAUCAUCGGCUUCGUGGAGAUGACCAUCGUGCCGACGAGCGAUUGGUUGCCGGUGAUAAAGCUCAACUGCCGCCAGUGUCGCAUUUACCGGGUCAUUCUGAAUGAUCGGUGCGAGUGCCAGUACUACUACUUUGACCCAUUCCAGGACAUUUGCCAGGACGAAAAGAAGAACAAAUCGCUGGAGUACUUCUCCAAGUGCCACCUGAAUGUCGCUCGCAAAACCGAUGCCGAUCAGAAUGGGGGCGAGCUGGUGGUGGUCGUACCACCGGAAGCGAAAUACCUGAUCCGCGAGGGCCGGGGCCUGAGGGUGGGGAUCGAGUUUUCGCUCGAGAACCCGCACGGUGGCAUCCACUUUGUCAUACCGGAAGGUGAAGGUACGAUGGAGGAGCGUGGGGCGCACAUGUUUACGUACGGGCACGAGAACUCAUCGCGCAUGUGGUUCCCCUGCAUCGACAGCUACUCGGAACCGUGCACCUGGAAGCUGGAGUUUACGGUGGACAAAAACAUGACGGCCGUAUCGUGCGGUGAGCUGCUCGAGACCGUCAUGACGCCGGAUUUGCGGCGUAAAACCUUCCACUAUUCCCUAUCGGUGCCUGUGUGCGCCCCAAACAUUGCGCUCGCGAUCGGUGCCUUCGAGAUACUGGUCGAUCCGCACAUGCACGAGGUGACACACUUCUGUCUGCCCCAUCUGAUGCCACUGAUGCGCAACACGGUACGCUAUCUGCACGAAGCGUUCGAGUUCUACGAGGAAGCGCUUUCGACGCGUUACCCGUUCUCGUGCUACAAACAGGUCUUUGUCGAUGAGAUCGAUAGCGAGAGCAAUGCGUACGCUACGAUGACGAUCCUGUCGACGCAUCUGCUCCACUCGAUCGCCAUCAUCGAUCAAACGUUCCAUUCGCGUAAAGUCAUGUCGAAAGUGGUAGCGGAACAGUUUUUCGGUUGUUUCAUCACGAUGGAGAACUGGUCCGAUGCAUGGCUAGCGCGCGGUAUCGCCGAAUAUCUUUGUGGACUGCACUCGAAGAAGUGUUUCGGUAACAAUGCGUACCGUGCCUGGAUCCGGGACGAGCUGGCGGAAGUGGUACGGUACGAAGAGCAGUACGGUGGCAUCAUACUGGACUGUAGCCAACCGCCCGCCCCACCGGCCAUCUCGAGCAUCAACAACCAACCGGCGGCCCCGAUGAAAGCGUACAACGAUAACCCGUUCUACUUCCCCAUCAAGAACCUGCACACGAUGUCACCGAAGUACAUUGUGCUGAUGCGCAAGAAGGCUCACCUGGUGAUCCGUAUGUUGGAGCACCGGAUCGGCUUGGAGUUGCUGCUACAGGUGUUUAACAAGCAGCUAGCGCUUGCUUCGAACGCCGCCGGUACCAAGAUCGGUGCCGGGCUGUGGGGCCAUCUGCUGAUCUCGACCAACGUGUUCACGAAGGCCAUCUUCACCGUCACUGGCAAGGAUAUGGCCGUGUUUAUCGAUCAAUGGGUACGCACCGGUGGCCAUGCCAAGUUCACAAUGACCUCCGUGUUCAACUCAAAGCGUAAUACGAUUGAGCUCGAAGUCCGGCAAGAUUGUGUGAACCAGCGGGGUGUCCGGAAGUACGUGGGGCCAUUGCUGAUUCAGUUGCAAGAACUGGACGGUACCUUCAAGCACACGCUACAGAUCGAGAACAUUAUCGUGAAGGCGGACAUUACCUGCCACUCGAAGAGUCGACGAAACAAAAAGAAGAAAAUUCCGCUCUGUACUGGGGAAGAGGUGGACAUGGAUCUUACCAUUAUGGCUGAAUCUCCCGUGCUAUGGAUACGGCUCGAUCCUGAGAUGACGCUGCUUCGCUCCGUCAACAUCGAGCAACCGGAUUUUCAGUGGCAAUUUCAGUUGCGCCACGAGCGGGAUGUGACCGCUCAGCUCGAUGCUAUUCAAGCGCUGGAGAAGUACGCCACUCCACAGGCCCGCCUUGCACUAACCGAUACGAUCGAGAACGAGCGUAUCUUCUACGAGGUGCGCUGUCAAGCGGCCCUUUGCCUUACGAAGGUGGCAAACGCCAUGGUCACCUCCUGGCAGGGACCACCGGCGAUGCUGACGAUUUUUAAGAAGUUUUUCGGCUCCUACAGUGCCCCACACAUCAUACGGCAGAACAACUUUACCAACUUUCAACAUUAUUUCCUCCAAAAAACGAUCCCCGUUGCAAUGGCUGGGUUGCGGACGGCACACGGUAUUUGUCCACCGGAGGUGAUACGCUUUCUGCUCGAUCUGUUCAAGUACAACGACAAUUCGAAGAACCACUACUCGGAUAACUACUAUCGGGCGGCACUGGUGGAGGCUCUCGGCAACACGAUCACACCCAUCAUCUCCGUCGUGCACCAGGGCCGAGCGCUUUCAUCGGAGAACCUGUCAGCGGAUGCAAAGCUUGUGCUGGAGGAGGUUACACGAAUCUUGAAUCUGGAGAAGCAUCUACCGUCCUACAAGUACACGGUCUCGAUCGCUUGCCUAAAGGUGAUUCGGAAACUCCAGAAAUGUGGCCAUCUGCCGACAAAUCCGAAGAUCUAUCGUAGCUACGCAGCGUACGGCCAGUACAUCGAUGUGCGUCUGGCCGCGAUGGAGUGUUUGGUCGAUUAUGUGAAGAUCGAUGGUCGGUGGGAAGAUUUGGAGCAUCUGAUCGAUCUGCUGGAGACGGAUCCGGAUCCGAUGGCACGCCAUCAGCUGGGACGGCUGUUGAUCGAUGCUAUGCCGUUCGAUAAAGGCAAUCGGCAUCGGUUGGAUCGCGAGGAGCUUGCGGUGCGCAUUUUCGAGAACAUGAAUAGCAAACUCUCCCACGACACGAAGCUACGGUGCGAUAUGGUCGAUCUCUAUUAUGCUCUGUACGGUACCCGGAUGCCCCAGUGUUUGACGACCCAGGAGUUGGGGAAUCUGCUGCGUGUUCACAAGCAAAGCUUCGGUAGCUCCUCAACGGAUCGUAACAGCCGAAGGGCUUCUCCCUCGACGGAUGAAAUCGAUCUCGGACCGUACUAUGUGACGGAAAUGAAACGGGAACGUCGCUCCAACACACCGGAACCCGUUGAUCGAAAUGAUUCAUAUGAUACGCCUCGCAUUGGCACAAACUCACAGCCAACAGCAACGGCAACGACCGUGAGAAGCCGUGAGGUUUCCCCAUUCACCGAGGACCUUCGUCGGCAGGAGCGCGAAGAGAAUGAACGGGUUGCGCGUGAGAAUCAAAUCAUCAUCGAAACGAUGGAGGCCAGCAUCAAGGCGGAAGCGAUCGAGAAUGAAAGCAAAGGAACAAAAUCGAAUGUCGCUUCGGGGGUGGCACCAAUUCCUGUCCCCUCGGUUAAGGAAGAAAUUAUCGAUCUGGACGAUACGGAUACACCGACGAGCGCACACGAGGGACAACCGGCGGCCAAGAAGAUGAAGUCAGAGUUUUACUCCGACAACUCGAUAUCGCUUCCGGGCAUCAAUACGGGUAACUCGCAGCCGGCCGGACCGACCGGGUUCGAGCCUGGUAUGUUUGGAGCACUGGCCAGCGCUAAGAUUAGUGGCGAUCUAUCCGAUCCAAACACUUCCAAAAUCGAUGGAACUAAGAAAAAGAAAAAGAAAGAUAAGAAGAAGCAUAAACACAAGCAUAAGCACAAGCACAACAAGGACAAGGAUCGGGAUCGCGACCGGGACAAGGACCGUGAGCGGGACAAGAGCAAAGAGAAGGAAAAGAAGGAUCCCAACAUAGUGCGCGUGAUCCGGGAGGAGACGCAGGAGACGCUCAGCUCGGCCGAUAGCUCCAGCCGGGACAGCAAUCCGACGACGGUCGAUUUGACGUUGUAACUGGGUGGCUUAUUUUUCUUUUCAACAUCUUUUAUCUUUAAAAUGUAGAUAAACUACUAAAUAUCAUCGA